UGUAUUAAAAAAAUUUCAGUAGAGCGGUGUUUUUUAUUUCGCUCCCCACUGCUUUUCACGAUUUUGUUCACCCAAAAGGCCAAAACCCUUAGAGGCCUCUGCGUUCUUUUUCUCUUUCGCCCUCCUCGUCGUUGUCUUUUAUCUUCCAUCAUCGUUCCUUGAAGCAACAGGCGAUUGUAGAUUGACGUUUCGGAAUUGGCUAUUGCGGUUCUAGAUUGAAGAUAUAGAAAGCGGCAAAAUCUAGUUCUGAAUUGGCGAGAAGAACCACGUAUCUGUUAGGGGGAAAAAUACCCUCUUGGUGACAUGGGAAUACGUGGCAAGCAUUGCUUACGUGGCUGCCAACAAGGCGCAAGGUGGCAUUAUUCGAACGGUAUUCCCAACUGCUGGGCUCAAAACGGACGUUACAAACCCUUGAUGAAGCCGGCCUUCAUUACGUAUUUAUUAUCUAAUUAUGAGCAAUUAUUCCAUAAACGUUACAUUCUUGUUGUAAAUGCCUAUAAAAUGGCUUAGUCUUGUCUAGUUUACAUACAUGAUUUUCAAGCAAUAAACCUACGAUUAUCCUAUGCUAUUACAUCUUGCUCUCACCAUUUUCAAUUAUCUAGCUCGAUCGAUUGUUAGCACCUUUAUCAAGGCAAGUUCGUCUCUAAGUCGAAUUUGUCCAAAACAAUUUGGCGCCCACCGUGGGGCUGACAACCAAAAGCAGCUCGAUAAUACCAUUCCGAUCACCAUGUCUGGGAAUGCUAGCUCAUCCAAUGAUAUCACUCGUCGCUUCGAAGCCAUGGAGCAGCGCAUCAACAUCCUCCAAAAGGAGAACGAAGCGUUUCACUCUCAAGUGAGGUCCACCGCCUCCAUCGCCACCGGAUCCAGGUUCCAGUACCGACGAGACAUCUCCGGGUUAAACCGCCGCUUGGAUCUUGACGCAGCUCCAGAUCACCCCCUCCAUGUACCCUUUGGCGAACCUGGGGGUCCCGUUCUCCAGCAGAUCCCCGCGAAUUCGAUCCAUUACCGAAUCAACCCCGUUCUAACCCGAGUUGGCUUCCCCCGCCUCCAACUCAACCAUCCUCUGCAGGUACAUCGGCAACAGUUGUCACCUCGAUGGCUGCCCGGGUAACCCCACCUCAGGUCGGCAUGACGACAUCCACCAUGGCGACGGCCCCCGCCUCCGCUCCGGUGUCUCGUCCGUUGCCUCCCCCAAUGGUGACCAUGUCAAUGCCCCUGCCUGUUACGCUCCCGGCGCAAGGAUCAACGCCAGCAAUUCAAAUGCCAUGGGAUCAACUCUUCUCUCAGCAAGUCGUCCAACCUGUUGUUAACCUGGUCACUUCGGCGCCAGGGGCACCUCCCCAGUUGAUGAUGAUUCCUUUGGCGAGCCAGGCGCAGCAAGCAGCAUUUCCCAAUGCCCUAAUGCGACCUGACUCUUCUCGAAACUAUUCUCCAUACACUCCUCUUAACAGGUCAGUCGCUCCGGUUAGUCACGGUUUCGUAACUCCUUUCCCUUAUGUUGCAGGUACCCACGCUACUCAAGGAACGCCCCCUUACAUGCAACAAGUGGUGCCGCAGUUCACUCCUCACUAACCUCAUGGCGUACACCCACAGAGUACCUAUUAUCAACAUCUCCAAGCCAGCCUUCCCGAAACGUUUAGCCCCCUCGUCCCGGUGCUCAACAGCAUCUGUGAGAACACUAAUCACCAACUCCAACAAAUCAUGACCAUGAUAAACAAAAUUCCUGGUGUACCAACACCAAUCAAAGAAGCUAGCCUAGACAGUUAUGCCGACUCCCCAUAUGCUGAUCCCAUUGAUGCAAUAGACAUCCCGAAACGAUUUAGCCCACCCAACAUUCCCAUGUACGACGGGACAACCGACCCAAGAGAACAUAUCUUGACCUACAAACAGCGGAUGAUGACCAUCCCAGUCCCCAAACACAUGAGAAAAGCCAACCUUUGCAAAGGGUUCGGUUCGACAUUGGUUGGGCCCGCCUUGAAGUGGUUGACUAGCCUGCCAAAUGGAUGCAUUACCUCUUUUUCCCACCUCGACAACAUGUUCAACCAACAGUUCGCCAGCAGCAGAUGUCUAGAGAAGCAGACAAGCGACAUAUACCGAGUAAUCCAGCGUCCUGACGAACCCCUGAAGGAUUAUAUAGCCCGGUUCAUCAGGGAGAAGGUGACCGUUCCUGAAUGUGAUGUUCCGACAGCCAUCGAAGCGUUCAGACAGGGAUUAUAUGGCGAAACCGACCUCUGGAGGGAUUUAAUCAAAUACCCCUGCAAGACGUUCGAAGAUGCUCAAGCCAAAGCAAUGGCCCAAGUUAGGUUGGAAGAAACUCUCCAUUCUCGGAAAGGGGGCAAUGACUACUCAAAGACAGAAAGACGGUUGCCCUACCCCAAGAGGACCAACGACCGCCCUGCUCCUUAUUCCCGACCUCAACAUGUAGCAGUGGUGGAGGAAGACGACGACUCCGACUGGAAGAGCAGCCCGGAUCUACCUCCAAAAAUUAACGAAUAUUCUUUAUGUGUUGACACUGUAGGUCUGAUGAACCACCUCUCGAAGAUGGGGAAAGCAGUGCAAUGGCCGCCGAAGUCUAGCAAACCCGAGUCGAAGAAGGAUCCCUCCAAAUGGUGUGAUUUCCAUGUCGACAUCGGUCACACAACCAACGCCUGCGUCGCGUUGAGGAGAGAAGUAGCCUACCUGCUGAAAAAUGGUUACCUCAAGGACGUCAUGUCAGAUAAAGCUCGUGGCAUUGUCAACAAAGACAACUCUAACUCUCCAUCUCGACCUCCUUCACCUCCCCCUCAUACUAAAACUGUGAAUUUCAUUGCUGGAGGUUCUGACAUUUGUGGUUUAACUUAUUCUGCAGCGAAGAGACACGCCCGAGAAAAUGAGAUAGACAGACCAGUCCGAGCUGUAGCCGCCAAAUACCUAACCCCUAUAUCUUUUGAUGAAUCUGAUGCAGGGGACAUCUCGAACAAACAUCAUGACGGCUUGGUGAUAUCUAUUCCUGUUGGAAACUGCAUGAUCAAACGAGUCCUCAUCAACAAUGGCAGCUCAACUAACGUGAUGAUGCUCGACGCCCUCAAGGAGAUGGGGAUCAACCCAGACACAGAUGUCGUCAAAAAAUCCACCGUGCUAAUAGGGUUCAGUGGCGAGGCAAAAACCACCUUCGGAGAAGUUACCCUACCCGUUUACGCACAAGGAAUCAACCAACAGGUAAAAUUCUGUGUUAUUGAUUGCCCUUCAUCUUACAACAUUAUUUAGGGCAGGCCGUGGAUCCACGACAUGAAGGCCAUCCCUUCGACAUAUCACCAAACCAUAAAGUUCCCGACUCGAUGGGGGGUUCAAGAAAUCAAAGGAGACCAGCAAGAGUCCAAAGAAUGCUAUAAGGCGGCCCUAAAGCCAUCGGCCACAAAUAAAUCCUUAUUAUAUCCAACUCCGAACCAGCGAGCUACGAAGAACCUAAAUCUGAACAACUCGACGAGAUCAUCUUGGAUCCUGCGAAACCAGAACAGGUCGUCUUUAUUGGAUGCGAUGUACCCGACGACAUCAGGUCGGAGCUCGUUACAUUUCUCAAAGCCAACGCGGAUUGCUUCGCAUGGUCACACGAAGAUAUGCCAGGCAUCAGCACAGACGUCAUCACUCACAAACUCAGUGUCGACCCCCGACAUAAGCCCGUAAAACAAAAGCGGCGGAAGUUCGCUCCAGAACGCAACCAAAUUAUCAACGAUGAAGUUCAGCAACUACUAGAUACAGGAAAGAUCAGGGAGGUGAAAUAUCCAGACUGGUUGGCCAAUGUCGUCGUAGUCAGGAAGAAGAAUGGGAAAUGGCGAGUGUGCAUAGAUUUCACCGACAUCUACAAAGCAUGCCCUAAAGAUUCUUUUCCCCUACCCCACAUCGACGCCAUGGUUGAUGCUACUGCGGGACACGAGAUGCUCACAUUCAUGGACGCGUUCAGUGGCUACAACCAAAUUCUGAUGCACCCAGAAGAUCAAGAGAAAACCGCCUUCAUCACAGAGCGGGGAACUUAUUGUUACAUGGUCAUGCCGUUCAGAUUAAGGAACGCAGGCGCCACCUAUCAGCGCCUAGUCAACAAAAUGUUCAGAAAACAGCUGGGCGACACAAUGAAAGUCUACAUCGACGACAUGCUUGUGAAAUCCAAGAAAGCCUCGGAUCACAUCACGCAUCUUCAGCAAGCCUUCGACGUGUUGCGAGAGUACAACAUGAAACUCAACCCCACCAAAUGUUCGUUCGGAGUCUCUUCCGGAAAAUUUUUAGGUUACAUGGUUACUCAAAGAGGCAUCGAAGCUAUUCCUGAUCAGAUCCGCGCAAUCAUCAACUUACAAUCACCUCUAAACCAGAAGGACGUACAAAAAUUAGCAGGCAGAGUGGCUGCCCUCAACCGCUUCAUCUCCAGGUCGUCCGACAAGUGCAAAUUGUUCUAUGACAUCCUCAGGAAGAAUGAGAAGUUGAGCUGGACUGACCGACACGAAGCCGCAUUGCAGCAACUCAAGCAAUACCUGUCAAACCCCCCGUUACUGUCCAAACCAAAAAACAAUGAAGUGCUACAAGUAUACCUCGCAGUUACAGAGUCGACCAUCAGUGCAGUGUUAGUACGGGAAGAAGACGGAAAGCAGCUACCUGUUUAUUACGUCAGUAAGUCCUUACUUAGCGCCGAGACAAGGUACUCUCAUCUCGAAAAACUUGUCCUUGCUUUGUCGUUGCUUCUGUUAUAUUGCGUCCUCAUUUCGAAUGUCAUCCUAUCAUUGUUAGAACUAACUAUCCCAUGAAGUCAAUCAUGAGGAAACCCGAGUUGUCUGGCAGGAUGUACAAAUGGGCUAUACAAUUAGGUUGUUACGACAUCCGGUACGAACCUCGCACAGCCAUCAAGUCGCAAGCCCUGGCUGAUUUUGUGGCUGACUUCAGCCCGAGCCUCCAACACGAAGUCGAUCACGAAGUCAACACACUGACCAACAAUGGAUCCUCGUCAACAUGGACCCUACAUACUGACGGCUCCUCCAACAUACGGGGGACAGGCCUCGGCAUCGUGCUAAAGUCGCCACAAGGGGACACCAUAGUACAAUCUUUCUGUUGCGAGUUCAAAGCUACCAACAACGAAGCAGAGUACGAAGCUUUGAUCUUGGGGUUGUCAUUAGCACUCGACAUGAAUAUCCGCCGACUUGAGGUACCUUGCGAUUCUUUAUUAAUUAUCAGCCAGAUUAACGGUUCAUAUGCAGCGAAGGACUAAAAAAUGCAGGCCCACUUGGAAAUAGCAAAAAGGCUCGUGAACAAGUUCGACUCAUGCACCUUACAACAAAUACCAAGAGACCAAAACACCCAGGCUGACGCCUUAGCCAACCUUGGCUCAAACAUUAAACCUAAACUCACCUCCAUCCCCGUAGUCCACUUAAUGUAUCCAGCCAUCACCAAAGAUAACCUACCCAUCACCGAACAGUCUCAACCUACUCAAAUGCCCUCAUGGCGCGACCCUUACAUACACUGGAUUAAACACAACACUACCCCACCUGGAGUCACCCACGAAAAAGCCUUCCGCAUGAAAGCCUCCAGAUUUAUCCUAAUCCAUGGAGUAUUGUUCAGAAAGUCGGUUGCAGGACCGUACCUGAGAUGCCUUGAUCAUGACGAGAUCGAGUCGACAUUGCGCAACAUACAUGAUGGAGAAUGUGGAAACCACGCCGGAGGAAGAAGCUUAGCCCACAAAACCCUUACCAUGGGAUAUUUCUGGCCCACCAUGAAGAAAGACGCAAUCACCUUUGCUAAGAAGUGCGACUCCUGCCAGCGGUUCGCAUCCAUCUCUCAUCAACCUUGUGAAGUACUCCAUCCUAUCUUGUCCCCUUGGCCCUUCACGAAAUGGGGGAUGGACAUAGUAGGUCCCUUACCACAGGCGUCAGGACAACGCGUCUUCAUGUUGGCAAUGACCGAUUACUUCUCCAAAUGGAUCGAAGCAGAAGCUUUCAAGCGAGUUCGAGAUACUGAAGUCAUUUCGUUCAUCAAACGAAAUAUCCUUAGUCGGUUCGGUAUCCCUUCCGAGAUCGUCUACGACAAUGGUUCUCAGUUCAUCAGCAACAAAACCAAAGAAUUCUGCAGUAGGUAUAACAUCACCUUGCACACCUCAACACCAAGAUAUCCUCAAGAAAAUGGCCAAGCCGAGUCAAGUAACAAAAUCAUCAUCAACAACCUCAAGAAGCGCCUCGAUAACGCCAAAGGAAGAUGGGCAGACGAGUUACCUAUGAUCCUUUAGGCCGACAGGACGACGCCAAAGACAGCGACCAACCACGCUCCUUUCUCCUUGGUCUUCGGUUGCGAGGCAGUCAUCCCUCCCAAAGUCGAACUCCCCAUAGCAAGAAGCAGUUUCAUGGCACCAGGAAUGAACGACUCAGUCUUGGCUUACGACAUCGAUACUGUUGACGAACUUAGGGAAGCGUCACUGGUCAGGAUGGCCUCCUACCAACAAGCCGUCGCGAACAGCUACAACAAGAAUGUGAGGGUUCGGAUAUUCUAGCAGGGAGAUUGGGUUCUGCGCAAGGUCUUCCCAAACAAAAAGGAUCCUCGACACGGCAAGUUGACCCCGACAUGGGAAGGUCCCUACCAGAUCGUGAGACGAACAGGACAUGGUGCAUACGAGUUAGUCGACAAAGACGGCACACCCAUCCCAAGAAGUUGGAAUGCGACACACCUAAAACUGUACCAUUUCUUAACACUCGAAUAACUUUUGCUUUCUAAGUUUUUCUAACACAACAGGUACUCUAGCAUUCAUCGCCAUUAUGUCGAUACCCCCGAGACGGAAUGGGCAUGACGUAUUACGAAGUCGAGAACAUCUCGAACUAUAUACACUUAUAAGUAACCAGAAGUUAAGUCCCUCUCCUCUAUCUUUUUUCCUUUUUUGUAUGUUAUCACCACUACUGACUUAGGCAUCGGAGGGCCGUUGGCUCCACCAACGGCCAACCCUCACGCCAUCGUCUUGUUUUGCAGACAACACCGUGGCGACAUCAUAAGUAUACACUUAGGAGGAAUAACGAACAUAAAGACUCGACUCGACUUCGUCUCGUAUUUCUCCUUGAACUCUUUCUUUCUUUUUUUCUCCUUGUCGUAAUUUCCUCUCAUUUUUAUGUUGCUCCAUACUGACUUAAGCAUCGGUGUUGUGUUGACAGUAUGGUGCCCACAUGGUGACGAAUUCGACAAGGAGACAACAGAUGAAGCAAAGUGUACAACACAACAUACAUGAAACCAAAAGUCGAAAUUGUGCACGCAUGUUUAGAAACACGAAGUGAAAGGAAAACAGUGUUCUUUUAUUCAAAAAUGCUUGUAUACAUUACAUAUUACAAAUCUUAGAAAUUACAAAACACAAUUUAGGCCAUUACAAAAACGCCUGGUACACUACAAUGUACACUACAUACAUAAUGGAAUACAGAUCUACUUUUUUUCUACAGCAUACAUUUCUUGCAGGUUCCCCUUUGACAGGCUGGAGGCGUCACCAAAGUCGAACUCGAGGUAUGUGCCCAACCUGCAAAACAAACACCAAACCAAACACAUUUUUCCAAAAACAAAGCAAGCACCACAGAAUUCACAAACCACAAAUAUUUACAUGACUUGCCCCCUUGGACAAGCCCAAAAACAUUCAAAAGACUGCCGCCUUCAAGGCGAAACACAACCACAAAUAUCUUUUCGACCUUCCCAAAGGCCGAACACACAAAACAUUGUUUAAAAAACCAUUGUUUAACAAACACAACAUUCAAAUUUAAAUUUUUUAAGGAGGGGGGACAGAACUACUCCUGAUGAUCUGCUGGGCCUGCAUUCUCCCCUUGUUCGCCAUCGCCUGGUGCCGCCAUCGUCUCGACAUCGGGGCUGGUUGCAGUUGCACCCUCCUCGACGUCUUCUUCAUCGCUAACGGCACCAGGGGGGAUAUAGUCUUCGGGGAAUGCAGUGUUGAACUGAGAAAUGUCUUCGUCAGGAGUCUUGUUCACAUGUUUGCCCGCCUUGAACUCCUCCAUCAUCUCGGCCUUCGUUUUCCAAGUGUAGUAACCAGCACACUCGUAAAUCCUCGCCUUGACUUUGGAGAGAGACGUCUUCAGCUCGUCGACCUCAGCAACCAGCGACUCCUUCUCAGCAUUCAACUGUGCGACCUCAGCAGCCCCCUUCUCUUGACUCACCUGCAGCGCCUCAGCCCUUGCUGUCGCCUCCUUGGCCACAUCGCCAAGACGACCAGCCUCCUGCUUUGCCUUCUUCAUGUCAUUUUUUAGUUUUACUAUUUGAUCUUCUAACAUGAUGACAUGAUGACGUGUGGCUAGAGAAGAUUGCAGGGCCUGUGUGAAAGCAAAUUAUUUAAAGUGUAGAAAGUGACGAGAUGAGGAUGGCAGGGGCGAAGAAAUUAAAAAGAAAAAGCAAACACAUACCCUCCAUGCAUCCGAGACGCUCUCGACAGUUGCAGCUACUGGGGACAAAGACUCCUGGCGCUCCCGGCUUGACGGCAUCCAGAGACGAUCGACUUCAGGCCAAAGCUGAACCCGUGGCACAUCUGCCGACCCGUAGUCGUCAGGGAACUCCACUGCAAGCUUCCUCUUCCGAGAUGGAGGCGGCAGCUUUUUCUCAGCAGGCAGAAGCGAGCUGGUCUCCUCCGUCACCGUGGUGUCAGUUGAAGCCUUUGGCGGCCUCGGUGGUGACAACACAGUGAUGGGUUUGGCUCGAGACACACUUCCCAGUGACUCCAACCUCUUCCUCAGCAAUGCAUCCGCAGAUGGGGCCUUGCCAGAGCGUGUCGACGGGCCAGUACCUGUUGAUAGCAUUUAUUUGACGACUCAGUCUCGUCACAGCAGUUGCAAAUUGUAUUUUGUAUUGAAAAGGGCGACGAACCCAGACAGAAUGUAAACUAACCCUAAUCCAUGUUUACCUGUUGAUGUCGACAUGUUCACAGGUUCAGAAACUUCUUCUUCUUGAGAAGGCUCCUCGCGUUCGAACUUGAGGCCGAUGAAAGCUCUGUCCUUUAGAGGGACCCCCAACAGCACAUCAGUCUUUUCUAUGGCUUCGGCACUAACACCAACUGUGUCGAAGGAUGCACCUACAAAAACACAAAAGUGAGACAAAGUCAAAUCAACAAGCCCAAAAAACACCAAAAACAAACAAAAUACCUCUAGCCAUCCACUCCCCCGUCAAGAAGUCGGAGUCGGGCCCUAAACUAGCCAACUCCACAAAAAAGAACCGACCCAUCCACCCGCGGUCGUUCGACUUGUCCGCACCAAGAAGAGCCUCCCUGUCGUCCUUGACAUGUAGCAAGUACCUACCAGCCCCAUAAUUUUGGACCUUGUAGGUAUACACAAGGUCCUCAACCCGGAACUCCAUGUCCAGUUUGCCGGCUAGAUGGUCGACCAGGUGCAUCACCCUACAGACCUGCGGCAUCAGUUGCGCCGGCGGCACAGCCAGCGCCCUUAGAACUCCUUGCACCAGUGGCGAGAAGGGAUAAGUAUACCCAAUUCUGAAGGGAUCCUCAUAGAAGCACACCAAGUCGUCCGAUACCCAAUCGGCCCGUUCGUCGGGCUACGGCAAACGAAUUACCGCCGACAGAGGAAAACCGCACUCCUCCCUGAGCGACUCCACAUCCUGCUUCCCCCAAGUGGCCGGCCGAGCAUUCUUUCUGUCCACAAUGUGGGUAGGGCUUAAAAUCGGCCCCUCAGUCAGAUCGCACUCCACCACCACUCUCUUGUUCUUCGCACGGGUGGAUUUCGUCCCCAUUCGUUGCGACAUAGAAGGAAUCAAAGAAAGAAAGAAGAAGAGAAGAAGAUGGAAGCCGAGCAGUUACCUGGAAAAAGGAGAGAGAAAGAGCGCCGAUCGUUUUUUCUGGGAAAGAGAAGAGAGAGAUUGCAGAAGUGAUUGCGGAUGGUUGGAAGCGCAGUCCUAUUUAUUGGCGCAGAUAGACGGUUGGCGUCUCCAAGGCAAAAGUCAUCAUGAUCUUGACGCCGUCAAUGUUGGGGAGGUUAAGAGGCGGUUUCCGUUUUUUCCUUCCGCGAAACCCAUUUCUCCUUUUUUGAACUUCCCAGAAUAAAUUCAAAAUGGGUUUGGGGACAAUUGUUAGGCGGAAAACUACCCUCUUGGUGACAUGGGCAUACGUGGCAAGCAUUGCUUACGUGGCUGCCAACAAGGCGCAAGGUGGCAUUAUUCGAACGGUAUUCCCAACUGCUGGGCUCAAAACGGAUGUUACAAACCCUUGAUGAAGCCGGCCUUCAUUACGUAUUUAUUAUCUAAUUAUGAGCAAUUAUUCCAUAAACGUUACAUUCUUGUUGUAAAUGCCUAUUAAAUGGCUUAGUCUUGUCUAGUUUACAUACAUGAUUUUCAAGCAAUAAACCUACGAUUAUCCUAUGCUAUUACAUCUUGCUCUCACCAUUUUCAAUUAUCUAGCUCGAUCGAUUGUUAGCACCUUCAUCAAGCAAAUUCGUCUCUAAGUCGAAUUUGCCCAAAACAGUAUCACUUUAUCUUUGACAUUUAUAAUACGAAGUCCACUUUCAUUAAAGGAUUUCAUUUUAUUGGACAAGUACAAGAAAAUUCAGAAAGUACGUGGAUAAGGUUUGAAUCAUUAACUCACAUAUAGCAGGACAAAGUUAAAGUAAGAAACCAUUAGUUUUACAGAAGUAGUUCACACAUUAUAUCUUCCUAACUAAAACUACAAUUGCUUUUUUUUUGGUUGGACAAGUAGAGCUUCUUGGAGGUAGUUUUCUGUGUGAGUCCAGCUAAAGUUUGGUGGCUAAUUUUUCUUAUAAAGCUAAGAUGUUUACUUGUGAUUAUCUAAAAGUCCUGGUUUCAUGGCCUCAUUUAUGUUAUGUUUCAAUAUCUUUUUAUAUGAACUGAAUGCGAUGCAAUACUCAUGCGGUUAAUUGCAACUCCAUCUGUAAUAAUCUUUACUGGUUUUGUUGGUUUGCUUUUCCUCUUGUGUCUAUGUUUUUUCGGUCUUGUCGCAUGGUAGGUCGCGUGUUUGCUGGUUUUGUUGGAGUAAUUGUUUUUCUUGGGAUGUCUAUUGGUACUGAUUUAUUUAAGAAAUAAUG